AUGGAACGCAAGCCAUCAGCAAAAGCAAACAAGAUGCGCAACCGUUUGACUUUCACUCGAAGCGCCUCGCCGCGAGACCGAGCGGCAACAUUGGUAUCACCGACCGCAAGCAGUCCACCCAGAAGUCGACCUCGAUCAGCGUCAAAUCCCGAGUCUCCUACCCACGACGAGCCAAUGUGGGACAACCACGGCAUCAAUUCUAGUCGAGGGUACACCUUCACUGACGAAAUUGGUUACUUUCGCCCCGCAUCACCAUACAUCGACCGUCAAGAGAUACACGAAGAUAUCGAGGCGGAUAUCAAGCAUGCAUGCGCCCUACUUUCCCACAGCAUCGACCGUGGUGUCCCGGCCGGACUGUCGUAUCAAAGUGCUGUGCCCGACUGGACAGGUGCACAAAAGCCCGCUGGUCAACCUAGUGCCGAUGUUCCUUCGUCGCUGGAACAGCAUGUCAUCAUCUUUCCGGCGCCCAAGCCAAUUAAUAUUCAGACAGAGAGCACCAAGAAGCAUGACUCGGGUGUGGGUAUGAGUUUUAGCUCUCCUCACCAACCGGGCAGAGGCAACAGUGUAUCGGGCACAGUGUCCUCCGCACGAUUCUAUAACAAGCAGUCCUCUGCAUCGCCACCAGGCAGCCCCUCACAAGAUAGACUCCGAUUUCAAAGCCAAAGCCGAAGAGAAAGCAUCCAGCCAGAUGAGCCCGGGGAGCUAUCAUUCUGUUCGAGCCCAGUUCCAUUCCCAUACAGUCCCCCUCAGAUGAACGGCGAGUGGCCGUCCAGCGAAAUAACACUUGAAAGCCCCGUCAGCCCACUCAAUGAAACCGAUAAACAGCUGGGAGCCACUGCGUCCCAGCCCCAGUUCAUGGCUCCGAACCCAACAAACGGGAAAGCCAUCGACACUUCAUCACCAUCCAUAUCUCCCACAGAAGAGCCAUGUCUCGGCGAAGAGGGCAUGAACUGGCUCCGUGCUAGCAGAAACAUCCAACAUCUGGCCGACGAAGAAAACGCCAAAAACGCCGAAGCCAAAGCCGCGAAGACCACCGGUCGCUUUUACAGCGGCAACAACCACACCACCGGGGCAUUUAAUUCUCGCGAGUGGCUGACGAAAAAUUUCUGGGAGGAUCGGGACCCGAGUGUUUACGGCGAACCGUCACUGUCAUCGUCCCAUGGAAUGAGAUUCAGAUCUGGAACUGGAACCCCCCGUAUGGGAAGUGUUUCGACAACUGAAGACGACUUGCACCCUGGGUAUCCGUAUGGGACGUGGGCUAUUGACCGCGGGAUGUCUUUUUCUUCCUCCUGUUUGGGAGAUGAGUUUAAACACCAGGAGACUCUUUACUCGGUUGUUACGCCUAAUUGCCCGCCACCAAGGAACCGACGGAAUAAGGCCUCGCUGUUGUUGAGGAAAUUGGCUGGAUUGAGAUUGAGAAGGAAAGACGGGAGGGAAGCUUGA